AUUCAACACUUCGAGCUGAAGCGUGGAGUUUGUUUUGGCAUUUGUAGCCUACCAAGCCGGUGCAGAAGACGCGUUUUUGCAGCCGCAGCUAAAACCAAAUAUGCCAUACACAAGAGACUGUUACCCUUUCCCAAGAUUUGAAAAUGACGAUCAGUUUGUUGGACAAAGAUCUUCUUUGAAACUUCCUUACACACUUCCCACACAUCUUGCCCAGACAUUUGACCCAUGGAGAAGACUCAACAGCACGGCUACCCUGACCAGUGCCAGGAGAGAGGUGUACUACUACGACCCCCUGGCCCCUGUGGACAGUCUUGACUUCAUCUUGAAGUCCCAGUACAAUCACCACGAUGAACUGUUUAAAAACAGAAACCAUACCCUUUUUCAACCUGAGACAAUAGGAAUGGAGCAUGGGAGAGUCCUGAAAAACAGAGUCAAAGUUAUCAAAGUGGAGCCCAAGCCGCUUAACCACCCUCUUGAAAUUGCUGAAUGGACCAAGAAGGAAAGUAUUCAUAGUGUCAAAAAUGCAAUUGAUGGAAAUCACACACAAACAACAAAUAUAGGAUAUUCUAGGAAACCUGAUGGUGGGUUCUUCACCACAUAAGGACAUAUUUUAACUGACUUGACCAUAUAUGGACAUGCAAUAAUGGUGACUUUAACCAUAUUUGGAGGUAUUUCAAGACCAUUUGCACAUUUUGGAAAAUAUACUCAAGCUGCAACACCAAUGGAGAUAUCCCAUGUGUAUGAAGGGCAUAUCUUAUAAUAUUUGCAUGGAAAUCGUUCAUCUCUCAGUUGUAUAGUUCACAGUUGAGCAGACAUAACCAGUUGAAUUUGUUAAGAAUAUUUAUUACAAGAAAACUCAAGAUUUAACCAAGAUGUUUUUUUUUCAUAAAAAAUUGUAAAAUCAUGCUCUGAUAACUUAUUUAAAAAAUUAUUUGUCAUCAGAAGUGGUGCCAUGCUUUUACAGUUUUAGAGGGAUUUAUAAUUGAUACGAUCCCUUUGAAUUAAAACAUUUCGUAUACUUUUUGUCAUUUGGACACUAUUGCUCAAUAUUCUACUGCUGUUGUAAGAAUUUUUGAAGUAUUCAUAUACUAUUGUACAAACAGAUACUUUAAUAUAGUAAUAAAUGUUUUAUAGAAUGAAAACACGAUAUUUUGCAUACAAGCUCGUUUUAUUUAUAUAAUAUGUGAUUGACAUUAAAAAUAUCUAUGUUAAAUCAAUUUUUAUAUCAAAUCUACAAAAAGUGACAAGAAAUGAUCGGAACAGCACAGAUCAGCAAAUAUGUUGGAUCAAUUGCCUCUUCCUUGAACAUCAAAUACCAUAUGUAUUCUUAAGAAAGUUUCUUGGAUCAUAUUUCUAUAUAAAAAUAAAAUAAAAAAUGCUUCACUUCUAAAUUCAGCAGUGUAGGCCACAUAAAAUAUAACACAUGGAUAACUGGUGACAAGAAAUGUCCAUAGUCUGAUUAGGAUACUUUGUCCAUUUAUGAAGAAAAUAAUUUAGAUGUUGGACAUUAUUUUGCCAGUCUGAGAAUGACAUGACUAAAAUUGGCACAGAUAAAAAACAAUAAUUAUAACAGAAAGAAAAAACUCAUAAGCUUAAAUAUUAUGUUAUUUACACGACUUAGGUACACAUAGAAUUCGCCUUCUAUUGAUGAUUGCAUAAGCUAUUUACAUUACAUUACUUACAUAUGUAAGUCUUUUCACGAAAAAAAAGAUGCCCUUUCCCUAUAAAAAUGGAAAUAAAUAAAACGACUACUUGUGAUACGUAUUGCAAAUAGAUUGUACUAAUCUUUUAACUGAUUGUCUUUGUUUUAUCACAGAUAAACAUGUACAUGCAAUUCCAGUUUACCUACACCACAGUUUAGAUUGUUUUAAAUGGACGGAAUACUAGAUAAAGUUGAGAUUAAGCAUCAAGAAUAAAGAAUAAAAAAUCUAUAUCAAUAGUAGAUUUCCUACCAAGAAUGAACCCCCUUAGUCAAAGUCCAAAUAAUUUCCUUGGAUCUUAUGGAAUAAUACUAAUUUAAAAGGAAAGUUCCU